GUUAAAAUUGUUUGGUUCGGACCUUAAUUCUCUCUCCUUCCUCAAAUUUCUCUCCGUAGAAAUUACCUUCCUUUUUGCGACUCUUUCUUCCCAUUCUCUGCAAUGGGCUCUGUUUUCUUCUGUCUAUAGCUAAGAAAGCAAGAGAAAGAUACGCAUAGGAAGUAUAUAUUUAGAGAGAGAGAAAGGAGAGAGAUACAGAGAAAAGGUGAAAGAUUUCAAGGCAAUGGGGUGUUUCCAGUGCUCCGGAGAAUCAUCUUUUAAGAAACAAAAUAUAAGGAGAACGGUCGACGACAAGAAUAACUGGUUUAGACGAGACGACAAUAGACAUAUCCCACCAGCUACUUUGAAGGACGGUCAGCCUAAAUUUGUGAAGGAAGAUUCCAAAGUAGUAAAUCAGUCUGCUGUGGAGAACUCAGCCAGGGAGCCGCCUAGUAAGAGUCCUCCCAAUGGAGAGGCCAAUGCUCCUCAAGCACGGACUUUUAGCCUUGUCAAAUUAGCUGCUGCAACCCAGAACUUCAAGUUAGAAAAUUUUCUAGGCGAGGGAGGGUUUGGAAAAGUUUAUAAAGGUCGUCUACCAGGUGGUGAGAUUGUGGCUGUCAAGCAACUCGAUCGCAACGGUUGUCAGGGGAUAAGGGAAUUUGUCGUUGAAGUUUUGACAUUAAGUAUGGUUAACCACCCUAAUCUUGUUAAAUUAAUUGGUUAUUGUGCUGAGGGUGAUCAAAGGCUCUUAGUCUACGAGUACAUGCCACUAGGUUCAUUGGAGGAUCAUUUAUAUGGCCCUCGACCCAGUAGAAAAAGGCUAGAUUGGAACACAAGGAUGAAGAUAGCAGCUGGUGCAGCACAAGGGUUGGAGUACUUGCAUGACAAGAUGAAAACACCUGUUAUCUACCGUGAUUUGAAGUGUUCCAACAUUUUGCUUGGGGAGGGAUUCCAUCCUAAACUGUCUGAUUUUGGUUUAGCUAAAGCUGGUCCAUCCGGAGAUCAGACCCAUGUCUCCACCAGAGUGAUGGGCACUUAUGGAUAUUGUGCACCUGAAUAUGCAAUGACUGGCCAACUUACCUUCAAGUCAGAUAUAUAUAGUUUUGGUGUUGUGCUUCUCGAGAUCAUCACAGGCAGGAGAGCCAUUGACAAUAUAACAUCGGAUACGGAAUCGAAUCUAGUUGCAUGGGCUAGACCAUUAUUCAAGGACCGCAAAAAGUUCCACCAAAUGGCCGACCCGGUGCUGGAAGGUCGAUAUCCGGUUAGAGGUUUGUACCAAGCUCUAGCAAUUGCUGCAAUGUGUGUCCAAGAGCAACCUAACAUGCGGCCACUAGUUGCUGACGUCGUUACAGCUUUAAGCUAUCUUGCUGCCCAGACACAGGAUCCAAAUGCCUAUUCGCCUCAAAACCUUGGAAGGAUUCCUACUUCUGGGAGAUGUAAACGAGACGGGAAACAAAAAUGUCCAAGUGCUGAUGAGAAUGAGAGAGGCAAAUUACUGGCGUAAAUUCUUCUUCCACACUCGUCAGUAACUUUAUAGUUUUGGAUAAAUAGGCCGGUCAAUGGGUGUGUAUUACCCUAUUCGGACUCAUACAUAAUAAAUGCCCCUAAUUAUUACUUAUAUAUAUCUCACUCCAACCCUACCUAUAGAAUACUUAUUGAGUCUUACUUAUGUUAAACCCAAACGACUUAGUUUGGUCCGGGUCUAGCCCAUUAAAUUUUGUAUUACUUUUUUCACUUUGAAAACUAAAAUUUUACGUCAAA